AAUAAUGAAAUGAGUUGUGCUCUUCUUUUCUAACUCUAUUGUCUAUCUCAUUUGUUUUGCAUUCAUUGAAUUCAUGAAACUUAACAUGGUAUCAAAGCCCAUAAGGAAGAGGAUUUAGGGAUUUUAUCUGUCAAUUCACGAGAAAGUCAAGAAAUUCUUCUUCGCACCGAGAGAUUUUAGGGAUUUGCUUCAUCGAUUUGUGGAGGAAAUCGGGAAAUUCUUCGUCAUAGCUCAGUAAAAACCCUAAUUUUGCAAUUAUGGUGAAUUUCGGUGAGAGUUCCAAUGGAAUCGAUCACAAUCGCCCGCUUUAUCUUCAACCUUCAGAUGCGCCAGGAGUAGUACAAACAAGGAUUAUGUUGAUCGGCAUGGAAAACUACAGUAGUUGGAGUCACGCUAUGAAACUAGCUUUGGAAUGCAAAAAUAAUCUAGGUUUUAUCGAUGGCUCAGUUAAACGAAGUGCGGUUGGAAUGGAGUAUGAAAAACAAUGGGAUCGAUGUAAUGCUUUGGUCACCUUGUGGAUAACUAGCAUGUAAGUAAGGAUUUGCUCAGUGGUAUACUUUUUCGUACUGAUGCAUGUUCUGUUUGGAACGACUUGAAAGAAAGGUUUGAUAAGGUCAAUUUGACCAGAUUUUAUCACCUUCAAAAAGAAAUUGUUACCCUUACUCAAGGUGUUUCCUUUGUUUCAACCUAUUACUAUAAGUUGAAGGAUCUAUGGGAUGAAGUAGAUUCAAUUGUACCUCCACCUUCUUGCUAUAAUAAAUCGAAGAAUUUUGUAAAACACUUGAGCAAUCAACGUCUGCUACAAUUUUUAAUGGGACUAAAUGAUGGAUACAAUCAAGCUCGAAGUCAUAUUUUGAUAAUGAAUCCUACUCCAUCAGUUAAUCAGGCCUAUGCGAUUAUAGUCCGAGAUGAGAGCCCAAAAUUAGUCUCAGGAGCAGGAUAUACUUUGGGUACAAACAUAGACCCACAGCUUUGUUCACUGCCACAUGUGGACCACAGAAGCAGAGAAAUUUUUUUAAUACAUUUUGUGAUCACUGCAACAUGAAAGGUCACAAUAGGGACAAUUGUUUCAAACUUAUGCACUGUGAUAUUUGCCGAAUGAAGGGCCAUCUUAAGGAAAACUGCUACAAGUUAAUCGGUUACCCUGCUGAUUUCAAGGGAAAGAAGAAAGCAAAUGCAGUCAUGGGAGGUAAUUCCUUUUCCGAUUUUCAACAAAUGCAACAAGCUCAAGCUGAGUUCCAACAAAUGCAGCAAGGAAGCAACAACAUGCAUAUCUCACAGCAACAGAGAAAUAAUAAGUCAACCAUAGGACCUUUCUUCACUCAAGAGCAUUACAAUCAGAUCUUAUCCAUGCUAAGCAAAACUUCUUUGAAUGAGGCUAGUGCUAACAUGGAAGGAUCUCUUCAUUGGGAAGGUGAAGAAGAUUGGUAAAGAACAAGAUGGAUUAUAUGUUUUGCAUACCAAGAAGACAGAGAUCCAUGGCAGCCAAUGGAAUUGUAGAUGCUGCAGUUUGGCAUCAGAGAUUGGGUCAAGUACCUAUGUCUGUUCUUAAGAAAAUUAUUGUUUUUAAAGACUGCAAUAGUUUCACAAUAAGUCACUGUGACAUUUAUCCUUUAGCUAGACAAACAAGAGUACCUUCUCCUCUCAGUUGUACUAAGAUAUUUGAUGUGUUUCAAUUGCUUCACAUGGAUGUGUGGGGACCUUAUAAGGUGCCUACUUAUAAUGGCAUGAGAUAUUUUCUUACAAUA